AUCACGUUGAUUUGCAAGCAUUCUACCAUUACGAAGAGAAGUGAAGUCUUGCUGUUCUUUUAGAAUUUUGUAAUCUGUCUUGAUUUGUUUUCUCUGAACGGCGAAAUGAGUGAAAAGCCAUUUGCAGAAGUUGAAAGCUUUGAUACUCAUAAACUUAAACACGUGGAAACUCAAGAGAAGAACCCUUUGCCAACGAGCGAUGUAAUCAAGGAGGAGGCUGCUGAUUCAAGAGCAGAAGUAAAGAGCUUUGAUCAUGGGAAACUGAAGCAUGUGGAAACCGAAGAAAAGAACCCAUUGCCCACACCUCAAACAUUGAAAGAAGAAAUGAGGCCAGAGGAGUUGCCAGAUGUGUCUGGUGUUAGUUCAUUUGACACCAGCAAGUUGAAGCAUGUGGAAACACAGGAGAAAAAUGUUUUGCCAACAGCUGAUGUUAUCCAAGAGGAAGCUACAGACUCACGGGCUGAAGUAAAGAGCUUUGAUCAUGGGAAACUGAAGCAUGUUGAAACCGAAGAAAAGAACCCAUUGCCAACACCUCAAACAUUGAAAGAAGAAAUGAGGCCAGAGGAGUUGCCAGAUGUGUCUGGUGUUAGUUCAUUUGACACCAGCAAGUUGAAGCAUGUGGAAACACAGGAGAAAAAUGUUUUGCCAACUGCUAAUGUUAUCAAAGAAGAGGCAGUUGACUCGAGGGCAGAAGUGAAAUCUUUUGAUUCAUCGAAACUGAAGCACGUAGAUACUGUGGAGAAGAAUCCAUUGCCAACACCGCAAACACUUAAAGAGGAGAUGAGGCCUGAAACGCUUCCUGAUGUUUCUGUUGUAAAAGAUUUUGAUGCUUCAAAACUGAAGCACGUAGAAACACAAGAAAAAGUUGUAUUGCCCACCAAGGAAGUUAUCAAAAAAGAGUCUUUUGAGUGUCGAGCCGAAGUGAAGACUUUCGAUACUUCGAAAUUAAGAAGUGUUAAAACCCGAGUGAGAAACACGUUGCCAACGCCGCAAAUAUUACGAGCAGAAUUGCGACCGGAGAAGCUGCCCGAUAUUUCCUCAAUUCGUAACUUUGAUUGCCGGUUGUUAAAACAUGUUGAAGUAAGAGAGAGAAAUUUGCUUCCUUCAUUGGAUGUUAUUCAAGAAGAAGCUGCGGAUUCCCGCGCAGAGGUGAAAAGCUUCGACCAUGGCAAACUGAAGCACGUGGAAACUGCGGAGAAGAAUCCUCUGCCCACUCAAGCAGACAUUAAGGAGGAGCUUAGGCCCGAUGUACUUCCUGAUGUAUCAGGAGUCAAAGAUUUCGACUCAAAAAAAUUAAAACACGUUGAAACGAAGGAAAAAACGGUCAUGCCAACAGCGGAUGUUAUCAAAGAAGAAGCUACAGAAUCACGAGCUGAAGUUAAAGCCUUCGACCAUGGGAAACUGAAGCAUGUUGAAACCCAGGAGAAGAACCCCCUGCCCACCCCGGCCGAUCUAAAGGAAGAAAUGCGACCCGAAAACCUAGCUGAUGUCUCGGAGGUCAAGAAAUUUGACUCUUCGAAACUGAAGCGCGUUGAUACAAUCGAGAAAAAUGUCUUGCCAACUGCAGAUGUUAUCAAAGAAGAAGCUACUGAUUCGAGAGCUGAAGUGAAGGCAUUCGACCAUGGCAAACUAAAGCAUGUGGAGACCCAAGAGAAGAACCCCUUACCAACCCCCGCCGACUUGAAGGAAGAAAUGCGACCAGAAAGUCUUCCUGAUGUUUCCGCUGUGAAGGAGUUCAAUGCGCAGAAGCUGAAACACGUUGAAGUUCAAGAAAAGAAUGUUUUACCAACGAAAGACGUUAUCAAAGAAGAAGCUGCGGAUUCCCGCGCAGAGGUGAAAAGCUUCGACCAUGGCAAGCUGAAGCACGUGGAAACUGCGGAGAAGAAUCCUCUGCCCACUCAAGCAGACAUUAAGGAGGAGCUUAGGCCCGAUGUUCUUCCUGAUGUAUCAGGAGUCAAAGAUUUCGACUCAAAAAAAUUAAAACACGUUGAAACGAAGGAAAAAACGGUCAUGCCAACAGCGGAUGUGAUCAAAGAAGAGUCCAUCGAUUCACGAGCCGAAGUAAAGAAAUUUGAUCAUGGAAAGCUCAAACACGUUGAAACGCAAGAGAAGAACCCUCUCCCAACACCGCAAACCUUGAAAGAGGAGCUUCGGCCUGACACCUUACCAGAUGUGUCCGGAGUGAAAGACUUUGAGAAGUCAAAAUUAAAGCAUGUUGACCCGGCAGAAAAAAACGCCCUCCCUACCAAAGAGGUUAUUGACGAAGAGGCAAAGGGGACUCGCGCAGAGGUGAAAACGUUCGACAAAAGCAAGUUGAAGCACGUGGAAACAGAGGAAAAAGAGAGCUUACCAUCGGCCGAGGAAAUCGCGAAAGAGAAAUCGCAAAAAUGAUAGUUGAUUCCUGUGGAAGAUUCAUGUCAGUAAAAUUGUUGCGCCCAGUGGCUGUGUAUGUGAGUUAGAAUUUCAAUAAAAAGAACACGAUUUGUUAUUUAUCCAUUUAUUACAGUGUUGGAAAGUAAAUUCUCUAAUAUUAAGCACAAUUUGAUACAAAUAUAUUCUUGGUAUUUUAAAGCUAUGUUUUACAAGACACCCCACAUCAUCCUGGUUUAAAUUAACAAUCCACAAGAAAGAAAUUUGUCAUUUUGAGCAAUAUGAUACAAGGGAACUCUUACUUGGUCUUGGUUUGAGUGCCACGGGAAAAUACUUUUAGAAAAAGAUUCCCCUUCAAUAACUUCCAACGGUAUUUUAGGGCUACAUCCUUUAUCACGCGGCUCAAGUUUUUCAAAAGGUAAAAACAGUAACUUGUGCCCCCCCCAACCUUAUGGCAUUAUAUAAUAAUUGGAUAGUCCCAAAUUGGGAGACCCCUUGAAAGGCAACAAGAAGCCCAGAUAAUAGAAACCAACCAUUAUGGGGCAUGCGCGUGGGACGAAAUCGUCAUUGCGCAUGGACUUUGACGGCAGGACGGGCUGUUGCCUUGCACUUUAUAAGCUUUUCACUCGUUCUUCGCCCCAAUAAAUUUAUGAUAUAUGGUUACAAUUCCCUGAGCUCAAAACCAUACAUAUCCUGCCAUUUUGAGACGGAGGAGUGUCCAUUCUCUCAUUCCCCUAAAACAUCGAAAACAUUUUUCCGUCAACAAUGCCAAGCACUUUGCCUUAGGCAACUAUGAGAGCGACAUCUUUGACUAUCUCGAAAAAUGUUGUUGCCAGUCAGUCGAUAGAAAUUGAAGUGGGCCUAGCUUGAGUGGGGUUGUCUUAAUCUUUAUGCAAUUUAAAUUAACAUGCCAAGUAAUAAACUGCGUGGCUGGUCUUUAAAGUUUUCUAAAGUUUUAGAUAUUUUUCGAUUUCUAUAUUAGAACAUAAAUUUCGCUUUAGUGAUUGCUAACAUUGCCAAUGAAUCGCAAAAACGAAA